GUCGUCUUUUCGCAAUGCCUGUGUGCUCUGGUUUCUGUUCGACCCGUCCGUCGUGCUUCGCUCACAUUCGCGAUUCGAUCAGAGCGUCAGAGCUAGCUAGAUACAGGUGUCCCAUCGAGCUCAAUCGUGUGACUUUGCUAAUGCCCCAAAAAGACGCCGACAGGUGCGCUCUUGCUAUUUCGUGGGCUAACCAGCUGCCACAACACCAGGUUAUUAUUCCCCAUACAAUUUGGCAAGCAGCACAAUCAGCAGAUUUGUGGUGAAACUGAGAGGGACCUAAAUGAAGUAUGCUUCAAUGAUUGUUGGUCGUUGGCCGCCCACUCGGCCUCGGAAUUGCAUCACCGCCGACUCUGCAUGGACUCCAAUCGAACAUCUUCUCCUUCCUGCCCGCUGUAUCAGGCCUCCGAAACACCAGCAUAUAUCCUCUCCGCACUCACCUCAGUAGGUGGAGUGACUGGCUACGUCCGCACAGGUUCGGUGCCCAGCAUCGCAGCCGGUCUGACUGUGGGAGUUUUGUACGGCCUGGGAGGCUACCGCAUCUCGAAACGCCAGCCGUACGGCGUGGAACUGGCGCUACUCGCUUCCAUCCUCCUCGCCGGCAGCAGCGUUCCUCGGGCGAUCAAGACUGGCAAGCCACUACCCGCCGGGCUGAGCGUUCUGGCUGCAACGGGUCUGUUCAUUUAUGGCAAAGCGUUCUUGGGCAAAUAG